AACGCCAUCUCUAGUAUACACGUAUACACGUCAAAUAGAAUAUUGAUCAUUUAUUAUUAACAAUUGUUACUAUAUGAACAGAAAUAAACACCAAAUAUUACUUAGUCUUUUCACUCAUACAUUGUUAACCAUCAUGUGUAGCUUUUGAAAGAAUAAUUUGAAGUUUGUAACACAUAUACUAAUAUAAAUAUAUAUAUUCAGUGAUAAUACUGAUAAUCAAUUUCUAUUUGUGUUAUAAAUACUGAUUUCUCCUUGUGCCAAAGAUUAACGAGAUGGAUACGUUAGCAUUAAAAAAAGUACAAUUACAGACUGAUGUAUAUAUGGUAUGCUUACAACAUGCUUUAUCAACAGAAAAGUUUGAAGUAAUGGGCUUGCUCCUUGGAAAUACAGAGUCCAGCGUUGCAGAGAUUAUGGCAGUUAUUAUCUUGAAUCGUUUAGAUAAACAGAAAGACAGGGUAGAAAUUUCGUCAGAACAGUUAGCAAAAGCUUGUGAUGUGGCAGAACAAUUGAAAAAAGAAUUACAACGUCCUGUACGUGUUCUAGGAUGGUAUCAUUCUCAUCCACACAUCACGGUUUGUCCAUCUCACGUUGAUUGUAGAACGCAAACGAGUUAUCAAAUGAUGGAUCCUAGUUUUGUGGGUUUAAUAUUCUCAGUAUUUUCAGAGAAUAAAGAAUCGAAGGAACAAGAGAUCUCUUUAAUUUGUUUCCAAUCUCAUAAUGACAAAGAAGUGGAAAUUCCACUAGAAAUUGUACACACACCAAUGAUAUCAAACACAUGUUUGAAAACAAUGACGGAUUUAAUAAAAAUAUUUGUUCAAGAGGAAGAAGAGAUGGCAGAAACAUGCAAAGACCAACAAGAUAUUCUUGUCAACAUACACAAUGAUGCUGUGAGGACGCGAGCACUGGUCCACAUAACUGACAUAAUUACUAAGCCUUUAAUAUUGACGUUCGAGAAGAGACUAGCUUUAAAUAAAUUACGCGCUGCAUACCUCCGGAAACAGCUGCAAGAGCUACAAGGCGUAUGCAACGGAUAA